CGCCAAGAUUUUUCAAUUAGUUUUACAGUACUGACACUGCUUGCUCUGCCGAAUCUUAGAAAGGCACCACCCCAAUGAGUAAAUAGAAGAUGAAUUUUAUUUUAAUUAUCUACAACAGCCAACAAUGUCGCACACGGACCUAAAAGAUGCUAAGAACGUUAAGGAGGAGGCAAGCGAAUUAGAAAGGAAAUACAUCAAACAAGAGCCAGUGGGUGUUGCGGAAGACGAACAAAAGAAGAAAGAAGAGCUGGAUCUGUACGCCGAUCAUGAAAUCAAGGAAGAGUUGGUCAUAGGACCUGUGGUGUUGCAGCAUACUGAUUUAGCUCAAGCAAGAUGUGUGCAAAACACAUCUGAUGGAGUGAAUGUUGAUACUCGACCAUACAAGUGUGAUAUUUGCAGCAAAUGCUAUAAAAAGAAACAGAAUUUGAAGUUACAUAAACUAACCCAUACUACAGAGAAGCCGUUUAAAUGUGAACAUUGUAAUGAAUCGUUUAUGACUAAAUCAAGUUGUAAUAAACAUUUAAUUACUCAUACUGGAGAGAGACCAUACAAAUGUGAUCUCUGUAACAAAUGUUUUACCUAUAAAUCUAAUUGUCUUCAACAUUUAAAGACUCACACGAGAGAGAAACCGUACAAAUGUGACAUUUGCCAUAAACGUUUUACUAGAAAUAGGCACCUUCAGCAACAUAUAAUGAUCCAUACUGGGGAAAAACCAUACAAAUGUGAUCACUGUAACAAAGGAUUUGCCUGUAAAUCAAGUUUUGUUUUACAUUUAAAGACUCUUACUGGGGAAAAACCGUACAAGUGUGAUAUAUGCAAUAAUUGUUUUACAAGGAAACUGACACUUAAAACUCAUAAAAUGAUCCAUUCCGGUGAAGAACUAUACAAAUGUGAUCACUGUAACAAACUUUUUGCCUAUAAAUCAAGUUUUGUUACACAUUUAAAGAUUCAUACUUCAGAAAACCUAUUUAAGUGUGAUAUAUGCAAUAAAUGUUUUGCUACAAAACUAACACUAGAAACUCAUAAAAUGUCCCAUUCUGGUGAAGAACCAUACAAAUGUGAUCACUGUAACAAACGUUUUGCCUGUAAAUCAAGUUUUGUUAAACAUUUAAAGUUUCAUCCUAGAGAAAAACCAUACAAGUGUGAUAUAUGCAAUAAAUGUUUUACAAGAAAUAGGAAUCUCAAGCGUCAUGUAAUGCUCCAUACUGGGGAAAAAACCAUACAAAUGUGAACAGAGUAUUUGGCAGUAAAGCAAGUUCAUUGUAAUAAUUUAAAGACUCAUACUGGAGAGAAAUCACAGGAGUGUGAUAUCUGCAAUAAAUUUUAUAACAAAAAAAAAAUCACCUUAAAUGUCUUGCAAUUGCCCACACUAAUCCAAAACCAUACAAGUGUGGCCAUUGUGGCAAAGAUUUUUCUCAUAAAUCUGCUUGAUACACAUUUAAGGACUCAUCCUGGAGAGAAACGAUACAUGUGCGGUAUAUUUUUUUUAUUUGACUAAAAAGAAGAAUUGACAAUCUAUGAAACUUGGGGAUAAGGCCAACACUGAUGUAACUAGGGACAGUGUUUAGGUCUCGAUAUAGGGAUUAUGUUUUCAAUUAUAAUACUGUCAAUUUUGCUCAUGGGUUUGCUUGUCUUUCAAAUAGAGUUGCAUAAAACCCAAAAACUACUACUUAUGUGAAUCGUUUCAUUGUGAAAAGAACAUUUUGCUAACAUUUCGCACAAUACUUGUCAUUACUCAAAAUUGUACAAUUUAGAAACCGUGAUUUGAAAAUCAAAAACAAUACAGAUUGGAUAUUAUUGCUAAUAAUGUGAUUAUUUAUAAUUAUACCUAAUAUUCAGGCAACUAUUUAUAAAUGAGAUAUUUAUUGGUUUCGUUCAAUGGUUUUUUUAACUUUCAAAUCGUGUCUAACUGUUCCUGUUAUGGCCCCAUCGAAAUUUUAAUUCAAGUCUUGUCUUUUUUGAAGAUGGAGUAAAAUGACAUUUGCAGAGUUGCCAGUUUUCGUAAAAUUUUAAAUAGUCUUAAUCGUGAAUGUUACAAUGUUCCAAUGAUUACCAAUUGCGUAAUUGUAUUCUUUAUUCUUAAUUUGAUUUUUUUAUUUCAUAAGCGUAACCAACAAAAAGUUGACAGUCGAUGUAAUAUUUAUACUCUAGGUACUGCAAUCACUAGCUGGCAACACUUUUGUGCAAUACUCCAUCUUCAAAAAAAAACAAAGGAAUGUUUUAUUGUAUCCCCUCUUUGCUAUAUUGCUUUUUUCUCUGAAACUAUCAACUUUUCAAGAAAUUAUACAACAAUAAAAGUUGUUAGAAAUGUUGUUUUCACAUAAAAAAGAAAUAGCUUGGUACUCCACAAGUUAUUCCUAUGUCCAAGAAUU